AUGGGUCUCAUACAGAGCCGCAGCGAUGAGAAUGAUGGUGUACGCGAAAUUUUCGUGGGUAAUGUCAAGGCCAGUGUACCUCAUCACUCGUGUCAAUCCAACUUGGGCAUGGGUAGCCUGGGCGGACCUCACACGCGUAGCGGAAGCAUGCGUAGCGUACCAAGACAACCGAUGCCGGACGCCGUCGAGCUCGAGAGGCGCUUUACCAAAGUACUGGCGUCUAUGGACUUACCUCCAGAUAAAGCAAAACUCUUGAAGCAAUAUGAUAACGAAAAAAAAUGGGAUAUUAUAUGCGAUCAAGAAAGAGUACAAGCUAAAGACCCACCGUCCCAUUAUCUAGCGAAGUUACGCACUUAUCUGGAUCCCACGGCAUCACGAAGCCAUCGAUCGUAUCGUUUCCUUAUGUUCUUCCAGAAAAGAAAAAUGGUCGGAGAAUCUACAUCAACACAAGUAUUACGAGACUUGGAGAUAUCCUUACGCACAAAUCACAUCGAAUGGGUGAGAGAGUUCUUGGACGAAGAAAAUCAAGGCUUGGAUGCUUUGAUAGACUAUCUCAGCUUCAGAUUAUUAAUGAUGCGGCAUGAACAGAGGCUCUUAGAAUGUCACACAAGUUCGGAGGAAAAACUACAAACUACGGGUACCGGCGAUAUGUCAACAUUAAACAACGGAUGCCUAAGACCGUCUCUUCAUGAACUUAAAGAUAGUCCUGGAGUUAAAAGAAGAUCUCGACAUGUAGCACGUUUAAAUAUGGGUGAAGCAAAGGAUGAUAUUCAUGUUUGUAUACUAUGCAUGCGUGCCAUCAUGAAUAAUAAGUAUGGAUUCAACAUGGUUAUUCAACAUAGAGAAGCUAUCAACUGCAUUGCAUUAAGUUUAAUCCAUAAGAGUCUGAGAACGAAAGCUUUGGUAUUGGAACUUCUCGCUGCAAUCUGCCUAGUAAAAGGUGGUCAUGAGAUUAUUUUAUCAGCGUUCGAUAACUUCAAAGAAAUCUGCUCCGAAAGAAGAAGAUUUACGACACUUAUGGCAUAUUUUACGCAAUACGAUAGCUUCCAUAUAGAAUUUAUGGUUGCUUGUAUGCAAUUUGUCAAUAUUGUCGUACAUUCGGUCGAGGAUAUGAAUUUCAGAGUCCAUCUACAGUACGAAUUUACGAAACUUGGAUUAGAUGAAUAUCUUGAGAAGCUUAGACACACAGAAAGCGAAGAUUUGCAGGUACAAAUCUCAGCUUAUUUAGAUAACGUAUUUGAUGUAGCUGCCUUAAUGGAGGAUAGUGAGACAAAGACUGCAGCAUUGGAAAAAGUAGCAGAAUUAGAAGAUGAACUUGGUCAUGCGCAUGAUCGUAUGGCAGAAUUAGAAAGAGAAUCAUUGGCGAAAUUGGCGGAACUGGAAACGGAAUUGGGUGCGAUCAAAGUGGAAUAUAGCGAGGCAUUGGAAGCACGUAGAUUAGUAGAAGAAGAACUUGCAGCCUUGAAGAGACAGAGACAGGAUUCUGCGCGAAGGCAGAGCGUCCUGGAAAAUAAAAUCAUUGAGCUUGAAACUCUCACGGGAACACUUACAAAAGGCUCAUCAGCUGCUAGUGUACGAAAUGGUACCACGACCAGUAAUUCAGAUAGCAUUACAUCCGAAACAUUUACUCCGACAUCAUCGCCGACGGAAUAUCAAGCACUUCCAGCGACUCCUGCGCCACCACCUCCACCUCCACCACCGUGUCCACCGCCUCCUCCUAUGGCGCCGCUUUCUCCAGAAGAUCAUAAGUUACCACCGCCUGCCCCGAUACCUCCACCACCUGCUGGCAUGAUGCAAGCACCCAAUGGAGCAAUGACUAUUAAACGAAAAGUCCAAACAAAAUAUAAACUUCCUACACUUAAUUGGAUUGCUCUAAAACCUAAUCAAGUGAGAGGUACUAUUUUCAAUGAAUUGGAUGACGAUCGUCUGCACAAUCAAAUCGACUUCUCUGACUUUGAAGAACGAUUUAAGAUUGGUAUGAGUGGACAUGUAAGCAAUGGUAAUAGUGAAAUCGAUGGACUUCAAAGUUUCCCUAGUAAACGAUUUAAGAAACCCGAAAAUGUCUCACUUUUGGAACAUACAAGAUUGCGAAACAUUGCUAUAUCGCGCCGAAAAAUGGAAAUGCCAGUUGAGAAAGUAAUAAUGGCAGUAAAUGCUCUUGACUUGAAAAUUCUUUCACUUGAAAAUGUCGAAUUAUUGCAACGUAUGGUACCUACAGAUCAAGAAAUCAAGGCUUAUCGCGAAUAUAUUAUAGAAAAGAAAAAUGUUAACUUGUUAACAGAAGAAGAUAAAUUUUUGAUGCAACUCGGUAAAGUUGAAAGGAUAUCCACCAAGUUGUCAAUUAUGAACUACAUAGGAAACUUUUUCGACAAUUUACAUCUCAUUACGCCACAAAUACACGCUGUGAUAUCUGCAUCCAGUUCAGUUAAGAGUUCAAAGAAAUUAAGAUCAGUAUUAGAAAUUAUUCUUGCUUUUGGUAAUUACUUAAACAGUAGCAAACGAGGUCCCGCAUACGGCUUUAAAUUACAAAGUUUAGAUACAUUAUUAGAUACGAAAUCGACUGAUAAAAGGAUGUGCCUUUUACAUUAUAUUGUUGCUACGAUACGAGUUAAGUUUCCAGAACUCAUUAAUUUUGAAUCUGAAUUGAUGUACAUUGACAAAGCUGCAACAGUUUCACUAGAAAAUAUUACGACUGAUGUUCAUGAACUAGAAAAAGGUAUGGAUCUUGUACGAAAGGAAUUUGAAUUGCGUGGUAAAGAAAAGCACAAUACGGUAUUGCGUGACUUUUUGAAUAAUUCUGAAGAAAAAUUACGUCGUUUGAAACUUGAUGCACGUACCGCCAGUGAAGCAUUCCGAGAAUGUGUUGAAUUCUUUGGAGAAAGUCCGAGACAAGCUGAUGCCAAUACCUUUUUCUCCCUCCUUGUUAGAUUCGCGAGAGCAUUUAAGGCAGCGGAUCAAGAAAAUGAACAGCGUCGUAGAUUAGAAGCUGCAGCAGCAGAAGCUUUAAAUACUUCCGAAGAAGUUAUAAAACGUAAUAAAUUAAAUCAGAAGAAACAACAGUCAUCGAAAUUUUGCUGUAACUCGAACAAGAGUUUGUUACACCGCCACCUUAAUGAACUGGAACUCAGAACAUAACAAUGUAGAAACAAUUCACACCAUGAUGCUGUCAUAAACGAACUGAAGAAUAAAACACGAUUAGUACAAGAGAAGAAAUUAUUGCAACAGGAUGAAGUAUACAAUGGUGCCCUAGAGGAUAUUCUUCUUGGUCUCAGAUCUGAACCAUAUCGCAGAGCAGAUGCAGUAAGACGUAGUCAACGUCGGCGUAUCGAUAAUCAUAGACUGUCGCGCACUGCCGAAGAAUUUGAACUCUAAUUUAUUUGCAUUGCCGAUUCAUACGUAUCUCAUGACAAUUCUAUUCUAAGGAACAAAUUUGCCUUGCAAUAUUAAAACUUUAUUAUACUUUAGCUUUAUAUAAUAAUAACGAGAAUACGGCAGAAAAUACCAAUGAUUUAAGAACACUGUUGAAAAUAUUAACAGUGUGCACAAAUGAAUAACGACUUGUAUAUUCUCUUAAUUUGUAAAAGCAUUUUACUUGUACAUUUUGUUAUGGGAUAAAUCUGAAAUUAAGCGACAAUACGUAAUUCUAUACGCUUUUGUUCUUGAAUGACAUUAGUGGUGCUAAGUUCAAAUAAUGAAAUUUACAUGAUUUUAAAAUGUACAUUUUUCAGAUAUAGUAUUUACAAUGAGGCAAUAAGUAAAAAACGCGCAAUAUUGAGAUAAGUAUGAAUAUAUGAUGAUCUUUCUAUAAUUCAUAUAUGAAUCUCAUAAUUAAAAACAUCUGAAUUUGUUCCAAGUUAGCAUAAUAUUAUAUUAGUUAAAGCACGUGAUUGCAUCUCUAGAUAAUUCUUUUUACUAUUUCUUGACAUUUAUAGAAUUUGCUUAUAUUUCAAUUAUGUUAUUAUUUUUCUUUCAUUUUACUUCGACAUUUAUGUAAACACGUAAAACCAAUUAAAUUUACUUGUUGUUGUUUGUUAUAUGUCAAAAUAUUUAUAAUUUUUAUAUCAACUUAUUGUCUCUAUAUAUAAUUAAAUUAAUUGUUUAUACAUUAUAUCUUGUAAUUGCUUAAUAUCAAAUAGACAAGAUUAUAUAACUCUUAACGUAAGUUUGCGUGUAAAAUUAGUUCACAUCAAUCACAGGAUAGGUUAAGUUUUAAUAAAUCUGUGACAUGCAUUUGUGACAUUCCAACAAUAUAUAACAAGUUGAGGAAACUUGCUAUGUGGAAUUCACAUGUUCUACCAGUUUAAAAGUCAAUGUAAGAUUUAAAAUAAAUAUUUAUACUUUCAUAUUACAAAUUGCAAAAGUGUAGUUUUACACUAAGGUAAAACCAGAAUCAUACAUUAUAAAAGUAAUAGUUAACUACACGUGAUAUUUCUUACGAGCGAUAUAACACAUUAUAAUACAAACAAAAGUAAAAUCUAAGUUUUGUUUCAGACUUUUGAAAAAAAGAUUUCAAAAAUGACAUUGCAAUAUACUUGUUACAUUCCUUAAAAUUAUAUACGCACAUUUCUUUAUAAAUAUAUAAUACGUAAAUCUGUAAAAUUACACGAGAACAUUUGUACUUUGUCUAUACUUAUUGUAGUUUAACAAUUGACGUAUGUCAAGCUGAGAGGAAAAAUAAAAAUUAUACGAAUCUAAAGUUUGAAUACACAUCGAUUAUCGCUAUCAUUUGUUAAAAUUUUUAUUACCAAAAUGUAUAGGAAAAAACUAGUAGUUCUAUAAGCUUUUUCCUAAUUGAAAACAUAUCGCAAACUUUUGAAAGAAUAAAGUUAUAUUUCUACUUUUGU